AUGGAUCCGAUCGACCUGUCCACGCUUCCGCCCAUCCUCCGCCUUCCUACAGAAUUACACCUCCACAUCAUCUCUUUCUUCUCUUUCGAAAUUCUGAGAUGUUAUCCAGCCAACACGGCCAAUCACUGCGAAAGGAAAUACUACUCCUACCGCAAGCAAUUGAACCAAAUAGAUAGCAGCUAUUACCCCAAUCACGUGCAUAACAUCCAUGCCAGCUAUCCUGUCACCGUCACAGAUAUAGCCAUACUAGACCUGCGCUCCACAAAUACCUACUUCCGUACCCUCAUUCCUCUAUCGCACGAGCUACUCCUGGAUGUCGACCGCUCGCCCCAAGUACCCUGGACAAGCAUUGGACGUUACCGAGUGUGCUGCGUCUGUCUCCGUCUGCGUCCGAACUAUAAGUUCGCGUACAGCCAUCACCUCCCACCCCGACUGGGCUUGAUAAGUUCAGACCAAAGCCGGGCAUUCGGCGCCAGGUAUCGCUUCUGCAUAGACUGCGGGUUCUCCGCCUACCCGCAUCCGCACCCAGGUCUCCCGCCUCGACGCCAGCAGCGCCGUCUCGGCAUCGAGCCGCUUGGUUCGACGGCUUAUGCACCCGGUACCAAGGUCUGGUUCUCGCCACGUCCACCAUUCGGUCGUCAGGGAUUCGAGGUGUGGGUUUGGUGCAUGGACUGCCGUCUUCUCAAAACUAGCAGAGAAUCUGGAGAAACGGAGUGCAUUCUUUUCUGUAAAGAGUGCUGCCAGAGGCUGGGAUGCGGUGACCGUUGUGAUGAGCUUCUGAGCCCUGGAGGGGGUGGGCGCAUGAGGUCGGGUUUGAGGCAUAUAGGGUACGGGGGAAUCAUGGACGAGAUAGAAAGGGAGAAGAAGAGGAGGGAAAGUAGGCUGAGCGCGGGGGCGGUGUACGUUGCAAGGAGCAGCAGCUUGCUGUUGAGGAGACAGGAACGGAGUGCAUGUGACGAGGUAGAAGAAGAAAAAGAAGGAGAAAGAGGUGACGGCGAUCAGGAGGAGGCGGAGUGGAAGGGCUGGUUUGAUCUUUCGAAUUUCCCAACACUCCUUGCAAGACCUGCCGCUCCAACGAAGCCCAAGGUAGUACAGUUCGGCACGAUUGAACAUCAGAGGCUGAAGAACCGACACCGACGUCAUUUUUACGACUGA